AGAAGCUCUUGGUCUGCCGUCCCUCAAACAUCUACACGAUGGUGCUCAAGGCGUUCGUAGUGUCCCUCCUCGUGAUCGGUGCGCUGUGCGAAGACAAGAAGGAAUCAGCUGAUAGGGACAAGAGAGGCUACGCUAUCGGACACGGAGGAGGUGGAGGAGGCUACGGCGGAGGGCACGGUGGAGGCUACGGCGGCGGUGGGAGCUACGUCGUCGUCGGGGGAGGCUACAGUGGAGGACACGGCCCCAGCGCUUCCGACGUCGCCAACCAAGCUGCUGCUCAAGCAACAGCUGCUGCGGCAGGAUUAGGAGGUGCUGCCCAUGCUGCCGGCGGGAGAGCUGCGGCUGCAGCCGCAGCAGCUGCCUCAGCUGCUGCCCAGACCGCCCAGUUUGCAGCUGCCAGCAAGAAAGCUCAGGCUGCCCAGGUAACACAGGCUGCCCAGGGGGCACAAGCCGCUGCCUUCGCCGAAGGCUCUCUGGCCUCCAAAGCUAGCAUCGCCUACCAGGCUGCCAAAACGACGGCCUCCAUGGCCCAGACGCUGGCUGCCAACGUAGCCCAGAUCCUGGCAGAAGGUCGGGCUCUGGCCAACCAGGCUGCCAACAGCCACGCCGAGCAGGAGAACUUCCUGAGCGCCCAGCGAACCAUGGCGUGGCAGGCGAAGCAGGCAGCCAACGCCCUCAACCAGCAGCAGUACAUAGUUCUCAACGACCUGGAAGACGCGGCAGGAGCUGCCGCUCAGGCCCAAGCAGCUGCCACGAAGGCCAUCUCGAAGGCCAAGGGUAGCUAUGGACACGGGGGGUACGGCCACUGAAGAAGAGAUCUGGUUUUGACGGAGACACUAAUUUUUAGGCGAUAAUGUGAAAUAUAUCUGAUUGUUUUUGUAUAAAGUAUGAUGGGUUGAGUACACACCUACUACUACAAGUCUGUUGCUGCCUUCCGGACUGUCAUGUCUGUAUUAAUAAACUAUUUUACCGUGAAA